UCACUUCAGAGCUCACUUCAGUUCAGCUGUUCAGCAUCCCCUUCUUUAGUGCAGUACUUUUGGUAGUGCUCUGCACUAGUCUGCACUCUGUAGAACGUAAACAUGGUUGUUGCAAUAAAAGUGUUUUUCAGCGCUCAACUUUAAUACAAUUCUCUUCUAUCUGUUUCUAUUUGGACGAGAUUGUAAAAAUGACGACGGAUGAACGGAAUUUUCGCUCGCAGUAUUAUGAAAAGGUUGGUUUUCGUAGCGUCGAGGAGAAGAAGUCUCUAGAGAUAUUGUUGAAGGAACGCCCACUUGACAAAACAAAACUGAAGCAGUUUUGUUUAAGAUUCACUGUACCUGCUAUGUAUAGAAAUUUCUUGUGGAAAGUCUUGCUCGACGUUGUGCCGGUUUACACGGAAAGCCAAGCGUUUAUAAUGGCCCAGCGUAAGGCAGAAUUUCAGGAUUUGCAGAGAGCACUGAGAGUUGCAAAGAUCAUAGAUGACUUUACGAAACCUCAUCUCAUGUUCCUAGUGAUGUGGCUGUUGCGCAAAAGGAAAGCAAAAGUUGAUAUGACUACUCAAUUGGAAUCACCGUUGUACAGAGCUAUGAGCAAAAUGGCCGAGACAUUGUGGCAUAUAAUUGAUGUUGAAUUAGAAGAGGAGAAAUUAGUCGAUGUGUAUUGGAUAUUAUCUGGGCUUUUCGUGCAAGUUGAGAAGCUACAAAAAGAAAUAGGAAAAUUACAAGAUUGUACAUACAUGUUGUUGGAAAAGGAAGACUUAGAAUUAUACAAACAUCUCAUUAAAAUUGAUGCACUUUACAAUCUUCCUUACGAUGCAUGGUUUUAUUCGUGUUUUGCUGGCAUAAUAUGCAAUGGCUCUAUCGCUAAAAUAUGGGAUAAAAUAACGGUUGGUGCAUAUCGAAUAUUAAUAUUUGUUGCCGUUGUUACAUUAACUACUUUGAGGCGACUAUUAUUAAGAUGUGAAAGUACAGAGACUGUAUUAGAUACUAUUAAUAAUAUUUUAUAUUUUAUAUUUUAGAUAACAGAAGAAACAUCAGAAGUGAUAGUCAAUAAAGCAAUCGAAUCGAUGCAACAAAGCGGAACAACUCAACAAGUUGACAUGUAUUUUACAAAACACAGUUAAUAUAUUUUAUACUAUGUAACAUAUAAAAAUCGAUGACAUUAUUUGACAUAUAUUUCUGAUAAUAAUAGAUUGUAUUCCAUUUAUAUGAUGCGACAAAGUUAUUAUUGAUGUUAAAUUUUUUUUAAAUUUUUUCCAACUUAUUCAUGCUAUAUAAAACGGAAACUGAUUUUUAUCAUAUUUAUAAUAAACUUUAAUUAUAUACUUUUGUGAAAUUGAUAUUCAAUCUAUGAUUCAUUAAUCAAGUUCCUAAUUUAAUAAAUGUAAAUAUUUGGUUUAUAAUAUACAAUUAGGUUUUAAAUAAUAUAAAUUAAAUGAAUGUGUGUGUGCAAUUAUAUCAUUAAGAGCCAGAUUGAUUAUGGCUAUAAUUAAAUUUA